GGAGCGACUUGCGGGGGAACUUGUAUCGGUCAUGGCGGAGUCCCAGCUGGUGUGCAUGGACGACGACCACGUCAACGAGAAGAUCCCGGAGUCCAAACCCGCGUUUUACUACAGCGAGGAGCAGCGGGCGGCGCUGGAGCAGCUGCUGAGGAACGGGGACGGUGCCUUCAAGAUGCGACUCAAAGAGGACAACAUCAAGGACUUCCUCUCCGCCAGGGAGGUGAAGUCCAUCCGGAAAACCUUUCAAGAGUACGACACGGACAGCGACUCCGAGUCCGCGGAGCAUGAGAAGUCCAAGGAGUCCUCCAGCGCGGACUCCGGGGUCCACUCCACCUACUGGCCCCAGAUGUCCGACACGGAGGUCCCGUCUCUGGACAUCGGCUGGCCCGGCAGCAGCGGCCUCUACAAGGGCGUGACCCGGGUGUCCGUGUACACCCAUCCGCCCAAAGAGCCCGGGCCGCACAUCAAGCAGGUGGUGAGGAGACUGAUCCAGGAAUCACAAAAGGUGGUUGCCAUAGUCAUGGACCUCCUCACAGACCUGCAGAUCCUCCAGGACCUGCUGGAUGCCUCUACACGGCGCGGGGUGGCUGUCUACGCUGUGCUGGAGGCCAAAGGAGUGCCCCACUUCCUGGAUAUGUGCGCUCGGCUGCAGAUCAACGCGGUGCAUCUGCGGAACCUCCGUGUGCGGAUGGUGAGAGGGGCAGGGCUGGCCCUGUCCUUUGGAAAACUGCCCGGCUCCUUGUGCUCCAAAUACAUGCUGGUGGAUGGAGAGAAAGUCAUGUUCGGGUCUUACAGCUUCACCUGGAGUUCGUCUCGGAUGGACAGGAACGCAAUCACGGUGAUGUCGGGACAGAUCGUGGACUUCUUCGACAACGACUUCAGGGAGCUGUACGCCGUGUCUGAGCAGGUCGACCUCUACAGGGAGUUCAACAUCACCAAGCCGCCGAUCACUUCACCCAUCAGGAAGCCAAAGGUGGAGAAAAUCUUACCUCCUCCCGUCCCCACGUCUCGCUUUCAAGUGCCGGUGGGGGACUCCAAACGGAUUGAUCUGAAGGUGCCUGCACAUAAAUACCACAAUCCUAAGUACUCUCUGGUUUUUGGGAAUAGUAUGGGCCUCACAGGCUCCCUACAAGACUUGUCGAGUCCCAGGGACUCGCUUGUUGGUGGGCUGAACCAAAGGAACGGCCUGCAGAGCAGCUACUUUCAUGCCAGCAAGAAUGGAAAGGUGCAGGUGGACCGAAUCGCCCUGCAGAGACCUGGUUCACCCUCAGAGGAGGAGGAUGAGGACGGAAAGGGAGGCUUGAAGAAGAACCAGUCGCCCGGAGCGAAGAAACAGCGCAGCUCCUUCAGGCACUUCCUAAAAGGCAGAGGAGCCAAUCAGAGCACAGAAACUAUAGAGGAAGGUGUGGUCACUCCUCACAGUCCCUCGCCCACCUCCAAAGUGCCAGAGACCAACGGCAUUGCAGGAAAUGAGCUGGAGGAUUCGUUUGAGAUCAUUGAGAAACCAGGUCCACUGAAAUCCAAAACCAAGAAGCCGUCAAAGGUCAUUCAGCGGAGUGUGUCUCUGCUGACCAUCAACACACCAGACGAAGAUGGAUUCAAAAGCCGGCGACGGCACCAGAAGAAGAACUGCAUCCAGUCAUGAGAUCAAAACCAGGAGUCUGUCGUCAGAGUGAUAAGAUCAGCUGGGGGAUCUGAUGGUUAAACAUUAUGCAACAGCUGAGUCAGUGUUACCUCACUGAAACUAAGUCAUGUCACUUUACAAGACGCCCCCAUCUUCGGCCUGUUGUACUGCUGUGGUUUGGCUGAAAGUCCUCUGCUGGUGCAUUAUGGGACUCUGCACCAAAGAGAUGUUUAACUAAUCAUGUGAGGAAUAACUCCAUACAAUCUCUCCUAGUAGCCAAAGGGCUGAGGGGAGAUUUGCAUUGCCAUUAUUUUGUUUUUCUAUGUUUUUUUUUGUAUUAAAUUAUUAAUACAGUGUUGUUUUUAUGUUUUACACUUGUGUGCUUAAACCCUAACACCACUGAGGGGCCGCGAUGCCACCCAGGUGGUGUGGGUGGAUUACGUCACGCCUGUGGUUGCUACAGAGACAGGAAAAGUGAUCAGUUGUGCUGUUGCCCCUGAGUUUCACUUUACAGGGACGCUUGGUAACAGAGUAAGUGUUCAGAGUGGGUUGUACAGGCUGUGAAUAAUGUAGAGUGUCGACAGUCGUGCUUCAUGUGUUCGCACUUUGGCCUUUUGUUUUCAUCCAGGUGAAACUGGAAGAGAUUAAAAUGUGAAUCCUUCAGAACCACUUGAUCCACAAAUCAUCA